UCUCGAUUGUCACCGUCUUUUGAGGACUAUCGCCAUUGCAAACCCGUCACAAUGCGUGUCCGACUGCUCGGGUCUCUGCUCGCCGCGACGUUGGCAGGCACAGCCCUCGGCCAGGGGGCCAAAGACACGACGACGACGUCGUCAGCUGCUGCGACUUCUCAAUGUAGAUGUGUGCCUGGUGAUGCCUGCUGGCCCUCGUCUAGCGACUGGAGCGCCUUCAACCGCACACUCGGCGGCCGUCUCAUCAAGACGGAACCCAUCGCCGAGUCGUGCUACGACCCGACCAAGGACCUCACGCAGUGCGCGCGCGUCACCAAGCUGUGGACGGACCAGGACUUCCAGACGACCAACCCCGUCGGACGGCCGUAUCCCUACAACGUCACCUGCGCGCCCGUCGACUACUCGCAGGGCCAGACACCCGUGGGCGGCUGCUCGCUGGGCCAGCUUCCCUCGUACGCCGUCAACGUCACCGACCGGACGCACAUCGCGCAGGCGCUGCGCUUCGCCCGCGCGCGGAACCUGCGCGUCGCCGUCUCGAGCACCGGGCAUGACCUUCUCGGCCGGGCCGACGGGUACGGCAGCCUCGGCAUCUGGCUGCGGCACUUCCGCAACGAGGUGCGCUUCCAGGAGACGUUCCAGGCGGUCGGGGGAUGCACCGCGUCUGGGUGGACGGGCAGCGCGGUGCACAUCGACGGGGCCUGGCAGUGGCGCGACGUCCACGGGGUGGCCAAGGCCAACAGCAUCAUCGUCGUCGGCGGCGGCUCCCCCUCGCCGGGCGCCAUCGGCGGGUGGCCGUCGGGGGGUGGCCAUGGUCCGGCCACGCGCAACUACGGGCUCGGCGCGGACCAGAUCCUCGAGGCCGAGGUCAUGCUCGCCGACGGGAGCAUCGUGACGGCCAACCACUGCUCCCACACGGAUCUGCUGCGCGCCAUCCGCGGCGGCGGGCCGGGCUACGGCGUCGUGCUCGGCACCAAGAUCAAGGCGCACCCGGACGUCGAGGUCAUCACGGCGCAUCGCCUCGCCAUGGCGCCGCUGGAGCACACGCCCGAGAACAAGGACCUGCUCGACGCCGUGUCGGUGCUGCUGCAGGCGUAUCCGGGGCUCAACGACGAGGGGUACGCCGGCUAUGCCUUUUGGUUCCGCAACUUCCCGACCGUCUUCAUCGGCAACGCCACGUCGGGCUACACGCACGGCUUCUGGACCAUCGGCAGGGACAAGGACGCGGCGGACAAGGCCUUUGCCCCGGUGCGCGAGGCCCUGGACAAGUUCCGCGACAGGCUGUUCAUCCAGGAGACGUUUGCCACCUACACCGACUACUGGUCCUUUUACGAGGCCGAGUCCGGCCUGUACGACCCGGUGGGCGACACGUCGAUCCUCACGUCCCGCAUGAUGGACGCGGCCGCCGUCAGCAACUACACCAAGGUGCGCGAGACGGUCGAGGUCGUCAGCGGCACGGCCGACGAGGUCGUCUCCAACGUGGUGCUCCUCGUCUCGGGCGGACAGGUGUUCAAGGACGCCGCCGACAAGACGUCUGGGCUGCACCCGGCGUGGCGCACCUCGCCGUUCGUGCUCGUGUCGGGACGCGGCAUCCCGCGCGCGGAUCCCAACCUGGCGGCCAUCCGCGAGUCCGUCUCUCACGACGUGACGUUUGUCAAGGGCGGUGCGGCCAAGAAGCUCGCGCCCUCGACCGGCGGGUACAUGAACGAGGGCGACCGCAACGACCCGGACUACAUCGAGUCGUUUUACGGCGGCGCCAACUACGAGAGCCACCUGGCGGCCAAGAACAAGUAUGAUCCCCAGGGCACGUUUUACUGCCCGACGUGUGUGGGAGCCGAGGCGUUUGUUGACCACCCGGACGGGGCCCUGUGUCGCGCUUAGCACUCAAGGGGGGGAGCGAAGGGAGCAGCAGCACAGAGGACGAGAAUCGAAAUGGGAUCAGCCUUGAACUGAAGUCAGGAAAUAUAUUCCACGGCGGUUGGCGAUGGGGUCACUCGUUGAUCCUAUUAGUUUCUUGAGCCCAUUCGUGCAUCAAGUCUCGUUCGUAUUACAUGAAUAUUUACCGCCAUAUACAAAG